GUUAAUAUUAAUAAGUCAAAAAUGAAAUGUAGAUAUCUAUAGAUGAAGCUAAAUUCAGCAAAAGCGCUGCUUCUGCUUGUUAUAGUACAACUUGCACCAACAGAUGGGCGCACUUGCGAUUACAAUGAUCAGACGCCCGGGAUUUUAAAUGAAGAAACUGAAACACCCAAAUCUGUACAUAAUAAAGGAUUACAAUUGUAUAGAAUAACUAAUAUGCCAAAUGAAUUUGGCGUAUCAAAGAUUUGGGAUCGCUUACGUUCAAAAUACGAUAUAAGACACAUCUCUUCGCUACUUGGUACAUACACAGUACAAGCAGUUGCUGUGAAUGUAAUUUUUGUCGCUAUAGCGCUAUUAUCCCAGCGUUUACAGGAAGCAUUCGAUAUUGAUACAUCAUCGAUCUUAUUGGGUCACGUUUCAGGUUUCAUUACUGUAACGGCUGGUGGAGUCAUAGCAUAUAAGCUGUCUGAAAGUGUUAUGGGCACGUUUUUGCCGCAUACCCUUGGGAAAGAUGAAGCACAAUCUCUGUUACAAAGAACCAAUAAAUCUAUAUCAAUACCGCUUGCCGUUAUCGCAGCUAUUGGCACUGCCUUGAAAUGGUGUAAUAAGCUAAAGUCAGCAAAUUUUACACCUCUAAUGAUACUACCAACACCACAGUCUGAAGUGAAGCUGUCUGUUAUGGGAAGAAGCUAUGGUAGGGUUGACGUAAAAUUGCCCAUAUUGAGACCCUUCUCUAAAGAAUCAGUCAUUAUAUCGCUAUAUUGUCUGUCGACAUUCUUCUUAUUGGGAGGAAGGCUGCAUUCUUUCACACCUAGUAAUAUAGCACAUCCAGGGGCGUUCGCUGUAUCAAACAGCUUGCUACUGGCAGAUGGCUAUAACUACGCUAACGUUGCCCAAAAGAGAUUGAUAAACCAAAUAGGCAAAACAUAUGGAUGCCAUACAUGCGGUCGAUCAUCUACCACCGGUAAGUAUAUCGCCGAUCAUCAACCGCCCUCUGGAGUCAUUAAAAGGAAAUUAAAAAAACCGCACAUCAAGUUCCUACUUGAUUACCAUCUCAUACCGAUUACUUGGGUUAAAAGUAAACAGUACUUCUACUCCCACUGCCCUAACUGUUCAGCAGAGCAGGGAAGAGCUAUACAAGCAAACAGAGAGAAAGUAGUCACACACUACGGGGUUUUCCGACCAUAUUACCUAUGUGCAAGUGGAUAUUUAUUAGCAAGAGCGGUUUUAGACACCAGGUGGCAACGGUCGCGCGCGCGCAGGUGUUGAGCGCUAUGCAUCUUGAGAUCAUGGGGGCAAAAUAAGAUU